GGGGAGAUUGUCUAUCAUGGAAGAGACAUUCCAGGUACUAACAUCGAGAACCUUUUACAAUACGCACUUUUACAAUACAACUCUCACAUUCCUGAACCACGAGGGCUAGACCUGUUUACAAAAGGCCUAGCAGAAGCAGGGAUUAAUAAAGAUUUAAUUAAAAAUGAGUAUUUAUUGUCAAAAAUGGCAAAGGAGGAAUAUGAAAUGCCGCAAUCUGAGAGUGAUGUUGAACGCGAAUCUGGUGAAGAGGACAGGAAAUCUGAUAAGAGUGAUAAUGAAAGCGAAUAUGAUGAUAAUGAUGGUGAUAAUGAGCAUGAUGAUGAUGAUGAUGAUGAUGAUGAUGAUGAUGAUGACGAUGAUGGUGAGUCCGAGAAACUAGCUUGUAACCAUUGUGGAAAGGAGACAGGUCACAUUGUAUACUUAAUGAAAUGUCCAAGAUGUUCGUGGAAAGAUUUCUACUGUGGCAAAGAUGCUCAAUGUAUGACAUGUGAUCAACAGUCACCUCUACUGUUUUCGCAUGUCAUUGGUUUCUGCGAGUUAUGUUCGUAUGGUACGUCUAACAGCAAGGCGGGUGGAGUGGAGUUCACACCAAAAUGGAUAAAUAAAAGACCCAGCGGAUUGGACCGAACGUGAUCUAGCACGAAUGACUCCGGAAGCAAGAGAGGAUUAUGAACGUUUUAUAUUGAGCGACAGACCAAAAUAUAUUCCAAUGAAGCCGGAGAAACUUGCAAAGUUAUCCCCAGAAGAUAGACAAGAAUAUGAGAACUCUUUAAAAAUAACAAAAACACCUAGACGUUACGCUCUUAGAAGUAGACCGUACUAAAUUUUGUAUAACGUUUUGAAGAAAUAAAUGUGUUUAAAGACUGAAAUAUUGUGUAAUUUUUUGCCGGCAAAGCCCGCUCUUUCCGCCCGCGCGAAAAGAUCCGUGUACAAAUAUGUUGUACUUUAAUAUAUGCAUGUACCCGCAAAGCCGCGCGCCUGAUUUUAAGGUAUACACCUGCGUUAAAAAAUAAUCCCUAUCUAUCCAUCGGGAUACACUUAGUUAUGCAAAUUCGUAUUACCUUAAUCCCCUUAAUUACCUACACGCCUCCUAAUGACUUAGCAACGCAUAACAACGCAGCAAAGUUUAAAACAUGAUUAUUGAUACAAAUAAUAGAGAAAAAUAUUACAACUAAGACUGUUAAAUUGUUCUACAGGUUUUUUCCUUGACCGUAUAUAUAUAUAUAUAUAUAUAUAUAUAUAUAUAUAUAUAUAUAUAUAUAUAUAUAUAUAUAUAUAUAUAUAUAUAUAUAUACCGGGUGGCCCAAAAAAAAGUACUCCUGUUUGAUUCGUAAUAACAUCUAAACAAGUAUAGCUUUUAAAGAGAAAUAACUUGCGUCAAAUAGAGGAAGGACUAACUUAGACUUUGAUAUAUUACAGUUGUAUUUCACUUAAAAAUUCACGGAGAUAUUAAUCUUUAAAUUCGGGAGGAUAUUUCUGGAUGUGUCUGAAAUAUGCAAAAAUCGGCGUAUCAAAUAUUAAUCAAGAUUUACCCGACUGAAACAUGCACUAAUACCAGUAAAUAAAUGACACUUGACAAAUUGUUUAUUAUGAAACAAAGUAUUAUUAUAUCUACAAAAUACAAGCAAGAUUCAUUCGUCCGAAAUUCGCGUGUGUUCCUAGCACGAAUACGUUUCCUUAUUUCAUGAGACCACUGCAUCGCGAAGGAUCGUCAUUGGAUCGUUCGUAGUUCUGAAUUAGGGCAUGCUGUCACAACGGAAUUGUGAAGCUCUUCUAACUUCUGCAACGUUCUGAAAUCUUAUUAAGAACACCCAAACUCUUUUGCCGUUUCUUAAUCUUGGCAAGUUCAUGGAGUAAACUGAGAAUUAUAUGAAACACAAUCAAACCAUACAACUCCAUAAGACAUAACAAUUAAGCAACUCCCCAGAGACAUGCAACAUUUUUGGAACAAAACGUAACAAAAUAGUAGCGUUGAUACGGUGAUGUGUAUUUGCAAAAAGCAAUAUUAUUUCCUUCAGUAAAGAAUAUUCAUCCUGCUCUAACCGAGAAAUAAUCUACUCAGUCUGUUUGAACCCAUUAAAAACAUAAAAAAAUUAGGCUAUUUAAGAAUACGAAAAAUUUAAGCGCCUGCCUUCCAUGGUCAGUCUUUCAUGUACAUUUAAGUUUGCAAAGACCCAAUAUUAAAUACUUGCAUAUUUCGAACGUUCAUAUUUCAGGAAACAAUGAGCUAAGACUUACAUGUAAGAUGUCUAAAUCUACGCCAUAUCCCUUACAAACCUUAACGAUAAUUCGCUGAAAUACAAGUUAGCCUAAUAUGUCAUUAAGCAAACAAACGCUGGAGUUAAUAUUUGAUAUACCGAUUUUCGCUAAUUUUAGACACAUUCCAAAAUAUGCUCCCCAUUUUUAACAUUAAUAUAUCCGUGAAUUUUUAAGUUAAAUACAACUGUAAUAUAUCAAAAUCUAAGUUAGUCCUUCCUCUAUUUAAUGCAAGUUAUUUCUCUUUAAAAACUUUACUUGUUUAGAAGUUAUUACGAAUCAAACAGGAGUACUUUUUUUUGGGCCACCCGGUAUAAAAACAUUUUAUGACUAAACUAAGUUCUAUUUUGUAGUAAUAUUUUGACUCAUUUCGACCUUUCGCAACAUAAUAAUAGUGUAGCUUCAAACUUUAUGAUAAAAAACCCGAUUUUCUAGGCGUGUAUACAAAUAAAAAUAGUACGUUUAUAUACUAUAAAUGAGUUUAUUACCUCCGCCAGGAGGUUAUGUAAUCAUCUGGGUUUGUAUGUGUGUAUGUGUGUGUGUGUGUGUGUGUGUGUGUGUGUGUGUGUGUGUGUGUGUGUGUGUGUGUAUGUGUGUGUGUAUGUGUGUGUGUGUGUGUGUGUUUGUCUGUGAGCACGAUAACUCAAGAAAUACCAAACAUAUCCGUACGAAAUUUUGUGAGUGCAUUUCCCAUCGGCUAAGGAAGAACUGAUUAAAAUUUGGUUGAAUUUGGUUAAAAAUUGAAUGAGAAAUAGCAAAAGUUUGUCUUGCUUUUCCCGGUCAAUUAAAUAAAACUUUAUACUGAAUGCGUAAUUAGGACGUGCAUAAUAUAUGCACCAGCCAUUCAAAUUCUAAUAACAAUAGAUUACUUCAAUAUUUUGCGCGUAGGCGGAGGUAUGCAGUCUCUGAGUGCCCUCUAGUUUUACCUGUAUCGGUUUAAAUUCGCUGUUAAGUUGCAAUUAAUUCUGUUUGAGAAAGCAAAAAUUGGGCAUUUCGCAACCAGGGCAGUUUCAGGGCAGUUUUGGCCUUGUUGUUGGGAAAUCCACUAGACCUUUUAUUUUUUCGCUUGCGUCAUCCUCCGCCCCGCCCCCAAAUCACCUAGUCCCAGUCUUUUCAUGUGAAAAAGCGCUGAAUAUUAAAAAAAAAUAAUAAAAAUAGAAGGCCUAGGUCUAGGCUGACAUUUUCCUACUUUAUUCGUACUUAACCUAAAAUUCUAGUCCUACUUUUAUCCUACCUUUCUACACAAGGAUGCAAGAAAGUCUGCGCAUUUUUUGGAAUAAACAACAAUUGCAUGGUUACGUGAAAAUUUUUUUUUUUUUUAAAACGCUUUCAAAAGCAAAAUUUUCCCCUGAAACAACAAGAAACCUGUACAGAAACUGUAGAUGCCAUGUUUCAUCAGGAAAUUUUGACAUUUUGUCCUCCAAACUGGAGGUCAGUAACCAAAUGUUGUUUGCUGAUUCCAAAACAAUUAUGUUAUUUAUUCCUGAUGAAACUUGGCGCACUCAAGACCAAAUCAUUUCUUUACGUGGUCCUUAUAAUUUCAAUGCAAAUAUUUGCGCUUUUGAAAGAAAUUUUGAACAAGCGCAAAUGUUCUGUCACGUGACCAGUCACGUAUUUGCCGUUUACUCCAAGACGGUGUGAGGUUGAAACUCGAAAUUUUUACUUACAACAUCAUAUUGGGCUAUCUUUAAAACGGGGAAUCGGGCCCGAUUCCCGGAUUCCCCAUUCCCUGUUUUAAAGAUAGCCAUCAUAUUGUAUCAGGUUAUUACCUCAUGCGUGCUUUAAUUCUGACAUCGAAGUUAUGUGACGUCAUCAUAUGAAAGUCGUCUUUUGCAGUUUGGCCUACGCUAGCCUUGACUGCUAUACAAUUUGGAUCUACUCAAUUAGCCUUUCUCACGAUGACGAGUUACCGCCAUUUUUGGGUGGCAUCGAAUUUUAAUUAUCCAAUGCAGACAAUUAAAACAAUGUGACAAAGUCGCUGUUAUGUGGACUUAUCGCACAGACUUCAGCUGUUAAAUGCCACCCAAAAAUGGCAGAGAAAGGUUAAUUGAUGAUGAUUUGUGACGCAUGUAUUGUUUUCUGUUCAGUACAUUGCACUGAUUGCAGCGUUAAAAUGUUAAUUAAAAUUCAAAAGGUCCCCACCGAGUUUUCUUGCGCUUUCAUGAGUCUAAUAUUAGGUAUUUUAAUGGCAUCUCUUUUAUUUUAUUUUAUUUUAGGAUGAUUUUUAUCUAAAUUUAGUCGACUGGUCUCAACAGAAUAUUCUUAGUGUUGGACUCGGCACUUGUGUUUAUCUUUGGAGUGCAUGUACUAGUCAGGUGAGUAGAUUAAAAUAUUUGUUUUUCUUCAUGAAGCUAUAUUUGUUAUGGUAAAUUGUGAGCUCACUUUAACAUAUAGAAAAUCCUCUACUCCACACAUAUGCAAUGGACAUCACAACCGCGUUAAUCUAUCUAUCAACCGCCCUUCCCUAAUGGAGCUGUUUCGAACUACGUGCUUCUCUCAAAUUAGCGAACCUUAUAUAUUAAUUAGCGUCCUACUCUAAUUAGCGAAAGACCUCGGAUGUAUAGGUUUAUGGAAGGUUGAUGUAUUAAUUGCAUGCUAAAGUUUAUAAUAACUGAAAGUUCAUUCACCUCAAGUUAUUAACUUCGUAACAGGUAACAAAGCUUUGCGACUUGUCAGAUGAUAGCGAUUCCGUUACAUCUGUUUCAUGGGCAGAAAGGGUAAGUCGAAAAUUUUGAUCGGUUUUGACAUAUAUAGAGAUAGUACAGAGGAGUGUUUAGGAACACUGAACUCGAAUUUAUUGAGCCAUUUGAAGUGCAAAUUUAUGUCAAUACUUCGUGUUCCAUUUGUUAGUUAAUGUUUGGUUCACAUUAAAUGGGUCCCCUGAAGCCAUGGGUUGCGUAUUUCAUGUCAAGGGUUCUCCCGAAUAUAAGAUCAUGCACUUUUAUUAAGAUUGCCUGCAUGCGUUUACAGCUGCAAUAGCCAUCAUCAUAUAUAGUAUACCUGAAUAUUUUAAGAUGGUAUACAGUAAACACAUUACAGUAUCAUUGAUAACCCAGUGGCCUUUAUAAGUGCACCACACUCGAUUAUUUCUAGCGAUAAUUUCUGAGUUUUGUCUGAGUGUUUUUUGCAAGUGCAUGGGCGAUGGUUUCAGUAGGCCUAUAAAGAUGGGGGGGGGAGGGGGGGCAUGGAUCACGUUUCACAACGAAAAAAAAAGCCGUUUCACGAUUCACGUGUCUUAAAAAAGCAAUUUCACGGAAAACUAGAUUCUAAUAAAAUAAUAUAACAAUAAUAGGUUUAUUUAGAGUAUGUUUAAUGCAUGGUACAGUUUCUACGCUUUACGUUCUCUCACUUCUCUACCUGUCAGUUAAAAACUACAUCAUAACUUACAAGUUUGAGUGACGAGUAUGUCCGACUUAACUAUGGUCCGACGACCUCCGAAAGGCCUCCGAAGUUUUUACUCUUGUGCAAUCGAGUGAGAUCAUAUAAAUUGAUUAUCGCGUAUCAUGUCUAUCAUGACUAUUAUAAAAUAGAUCGAAAUAAACAAAGCAAAAUCACAGUUCACGAAACAGGCAUCCUUUAUUCUCAUUUCACGGAGCAUUUUUAUCGACAAUCAUACGCCUCACGACUGUAGAACAAAUCACAUUUCACGACACUAAAAUCAAGCAUUUCGCGCGAACAAAUAUUGACCAUUCACGGCUCACGAAAAUACCCUUUCCCACCCUCUAUAAAGUAUAUGCGUUACGCGACGGCAGACAGUGGAUGCGAAAAAAUUGAACGACAACUCUCAAUUAAUUGCCACCAAAUACUAUACAAGUCGUGGACUGAAGUAUGAUGGAGAGAUUUGACAUUUUCUCACUCACUGCCACGAUAAUAUUCAGUAAUUCCAAACUUUUCAAUUCAAUUUUCAUGUCACAUAGACUGGUCAUGUAGCCGUAGGCACCCACCGAGGUUUUGUUCAAAUUUGGGACGCCACUGCUCAGAAGAAACUGCGGACCCUGGAAGGACACACGGCGCGAGUUGGUGAGUACAAUACAAUUAUUCUGCGAACCAGGCUUUUAGCUAGGGUCCUGAAAGAGGGCGUCCAAUUCCGGUAUAUCGAUACAUCUCGGGAAAACGUUCCCUCUAGAAAACCUUUGAAAUUUACGUUUCUUCAUGUCUGUAUCUGUUCCAAGCUCGUUCGAAAUUUUUUAAACACACUUGGCUUUGUGAGUUUGUGCCGCUAUGCUGCUUUACUUAACUACGACAUUUUCAUUCAGCCAGGUACACCAUCAAAUUGAUCAAAAUGUCAAAUGUAUAAUAAUAAUGAGAAUUGAAGCUAUUUCGUUUCGGAUAUAUUAAUAUACUUAGGGAAAUCAUUGAAAAUAAUUCCCCUUUUCCCCCAGAAUUUGGGCGUCCAAAGGCGUCCACUUUUCGUUCUAGGGUGGACGCCCUUCUGGCUAAAAAGUCUGCAGUGCGAACUCGAAUCGUAUACGAGCUGUUACCGACGAGGUGCAUAGCACCGAAUUGGCGACGAGUACGAGGGUUAAUAAAAUAACUGUUUUAUAGUCAACUACUUCAUUCACAGACUCAUCUGUAUGGCAAUAUUUUGACAGUUACAGUAGUUUAGCAAUCCACACACUUGCCCUAGCUUUGCUCUUUCCGCAUUAUUUUUUUAACGUUUUCAUUCUGUUUUUAUUCCUAUUAAUGCAAUUAAAAGCGAAUUCCUUGCAGUUUUUCUUCAAUCAGUAACUCUUUCCUCAAUUUUCUCAGUUAAAAUCACUUCUUUUUUAGUAAUUACUUAAAACACAACCGUUGAAAUCCUUACGUCUCACAAGCUAUAUAUAUGCAGCAUUCGCGCGUCCGUGUGUUGUUUAUCAGACAUACAACCUCUCAUCUUUGGCUCGAGCUUGUAUAUGUCUCGCGAUCGAGCUUGUAUAUGUCUGAAAUUACUUGAAGGAAAUUAGAGACAGAAAACUAACUCGCUAGAAAAAAGACUCAUCAUGCAGUGUCGUUUAUAUUUUAUGUAUUUGUUUUAUCGUAUAGGUGCGAUAGCUUGGAACGGUGAACUUUUAUGUUCAGGUAGCAGAGACAGAUCUAUAUUACAACGCGAUUUACGAAGUUCUGAACCAAACGAAAGAAAGCUUGUUGGACACAGACAGGAGGUUAGUUUGGAAUGCAUGGCAAUAUUUUAUACUUUCUUUAAUCGCUAUAGAUGAUAUGAUAAUAAAUAUAUUAAUCCCACUUUACUUAAUAUAGAAUAAUUAAUUAAUUUAAUCUAAUUCCUUUGUUAAAUACUGAUUUGUCUGAGAUGAUAUCAUCCGAUCUCCAAAUCCUUCGCAGUUGCUCAAAUAGUUAGCUAUCCCCGUGUUUGGAACACAGAGUAUAAAUUGUCUCUCGGAAUGUGGUAGAGAGUUUCGGAUUUGACUAUGCCAUGCACUAUCGGUAUCUCGCACUGGAUUAGUAUACGCAUUUGAUUGGUUAAUCGGAUAUAUCAAACGCAUCUGAUUUAUUAAUGACUUCUGAAUGGUAGCUGUAAUAGAAGUCAAGUCUAUGAUUUUUGUUGCUUUCAUGUAGUGCGCACUGUUAAUGGACUUUUACAGUAACUAUAGUUGUAGCUUGCCAGUUUGAGUUGGAGUUGUAUAGUCCCCUAGUUGUAACUUAUUAUCCUUUUAAUUUUAAAGUAAGAAAUGUCAUCAGGAAGAAUUUUAUAUCUUCAAACGUCUUCUGUUUUCUCCGAUAACUCAUUUCAACAUUAUAUAGCAUGCAAUAAUAUCAGUGAUGCCCUAGUUCAUAGCUUCCUGCACAAGAUUCAUUGUCACCUAUAUAUGCAUGCAUGUUCCGUUUCGUAACCUGCAAAGCAGGCGUUUUAUUUGAAACGCGCGGGGGUGUUUAGUCAGCCAUGGCCAAGCAAAACGCCUUUGCAUCAUCGAUUCGUCAACCAUUAUUUCGCCACCAAAAUUUGAAUGUUCCAUUAAGCACUGUUUUACAUGCAUCUCCCAUUUCAUCAACUGCACAAUAUCUCGUGUAGUAAAUGUGGCAAGCUUUACAUUGGGGAAACUGGACGACGUUUGAGGAUACGAUUUGGUGAGCAUAGUCGUGCUGUCAUGAUGUCAUCAACAUCAAUGCAUGUUUAACAACCUGUUGCCUGACAGUUUAACAGUGGCAUGCAAUCGCAGUGUUUCGGAUAUGAAAAUUGCAGCCGUUUGCAUGGAAAGGCAUAGCUGUUUUAAGUAGUAAUGAUAGCCGAAAAAGAAAUGAAACCAGACAUACUACUACAGCCGAAAAAGAAAUGAAACCAGACAUAAUACUACAGCCGAAAAAGAAAUGAAACCAGACAUACUACUAUAUGUACAGUACAGUGCUAUAGCAUGCGCAAAACCUAAGGCUUAUUAUUCCUAACAGACUAUAACAAACUCACGCAGCGAGUAUAAAACGAUGAAACACUUCGUUUAGGCAACGCAAAAAAUCUCAUUUCCAAACUUGCCAAGUGUUUUCCGUUACUUAGUUUUAAUCUGUCUAAUAGUAUGCUUUUCAGCCUUUUCUAUACAUAAUUUUCUAUAUGCAGUGCUUCUAUACAACAAACAUUCACGGUUUAGUGAAUGAUUAGAAUGAGUUUGUACAAUAACUGAAGUUAUUAACUCUAGCCGUUAGACCAAUUGUCCAAUAUUGUUUUUGCUAGGUCUGUGGUUUAAAAUGGUCGCCAGAUCACCAACAUUUGGCAUCGGGAGGAAACGACAAUAAGGUAAAAUAAAAGUUCACGAUCUUCAAAUAAAAUUCCAAAAUUCAAUUAGAAAUAAAUACGUUUGUGGCUUUUCUGCGCGGCUUUUGCAGUUGAACAGUUAUAAUUAACGUCAAAAUAAUACUGGAUUCAGUAUCUAAUGUCUGUAAAGAAAAUCACCAAAAUAGAAGUUUAAUUAAUGUGCCCAUUCAUAUUUCCCAUUAUUGUGGAAAGUGAUUUUUCAAAAAACUGUUGUUAGUAUUUUUUCUCAAAUUAUUGUACAAAAGAAAGAUGUGAGAUGUGAGUAGAUCUUCCACUUCAGUACAAACGUAUAUAGGUUUUAAAAUAAUUAUUAGCAUAUACUCGGUAGUGGACAGUGCUUUUCAAGCAAUUUGAUUGGUUGCUCUGCUCACGGGAUAUCCCUGCACUAUAUUCUCCUCAGGACAAAAACAAAAUGGUUUCCUAUUUCGUUCCGGUUACAAUGACGAGCAAAUGUUUUCACGAAACGAAUCUGCGGUUCCGUUCAGCACAACGAAAACCACAUGCAAAGUUUGGUUUAACAGUGUUUAGAGGUCUUACCAUAUCUUACAAUAAACUAUUUCUAGUGAAUAAAGUGACUAAAAGUUUGUAAAUGCUGUUUUGUUUACAACUAUAUUAUGGGAGCUAUAAAAAUACAAAUUGUUUUAAAAUAUGUUCGCGGGGAUUUUUUGGUCAUUUUUUUUUAUAGUUAUCAUUGAUGGUAUAUGCUAAAACAAUGAUUCUCCUCAUUGUUGGUGAAUAGUGUAAUUGUUAAAUAUUUCGUACUUUUUCUAGUUACUUGUGUGGAAUACCAGCAGUUCUACUCCAGUACAACAAUAUAACGAACAUACAGCCGCUGUCAAGGCGAUAUCGUGGUCACCACAUCAGGUAUUAAUACUGGUUUUAUACACAACAGAAUAUUUUAGGCUACGUUCGCAAUAUACCGGAUAGCUAUAUCCAUAGCUGCGCGAAAAAGUACCUAAGUAUCCGAUAUGGAAUGUACAACUUUCAGAAGCUGAGCGAAACAACAUCUCUCCGUUGCAAUAAUUCCUCUGAAAAUAGCGUUCCUAAAAGCUACGGAUACCUGGAGGUGUUUUUAGUGCAAAGUUGCUUUGCACUAUUGUUAUGAGGUUAAAUUCACAUCAGUGACCGAUCGAUCGAUCUAUAGAGUAAACAAUCCGGGGGGAGCUUGCAAAUUAUUUUUAUUACGUUUUCUACUAAGAGCUUCGCGAUGUUCGCAUUGUUCGGCCAACUAAUCGUUCAUAGCUGUUUGUAGAUUAUAACAAUCUAUAUUUAUAUUCAUGAUGGUACAUGUUCUUACUUAUUUAUCUGACAUUUAGAGAAGUUAUAACAGUUAGGCUAUAACCAAAUUACUGUUGCAUUUCAAGCACUUGUUAUUAUAUGAUAUGCCCCCCUGUAACAUAAAUACACGUGCAUCAUACACGUGCUUUCAUAUGUUAUUAUUUUACAAUGGCGUACAUGGCGAGCGGUGACUAUUGAGCGGUGGUGUGAAAUCGUGUAGACUAGAGUGUAUUACAUCUGAGGUUGAUAGUAUUAUAGCACGGUGGUUUAAUAUCUAUGAAAGAUACGGAGCGAUGUAUGCAUGAAUAAGUGCCAAUGGAUAGUUUUGAUAUAAAAUUAUAAGUCAGCAGCUGAUUUCUAUCAGCUAGCUUAUUCUUGUAUUAUUAUAUCACGAUAUAACCCGCGGAAAGGAUGGACCGCUCGCAGUCUAUAUCAGUUAGCUUAUUCUUGUAUUAUUAUAUCGCGAUAGAGCUAGGUUUACAUGGCCCAAUAUUCAAUAAAUAGUAAAUCAUAAAAUAAAAUUGAAAUUUUGCUCCAGAGGCAACAUGCCGAGGUCGAGCGUAUUUAUAUUGUAGAGCCAAUGUCCCAGUGAACUAUAAAUGUCUGUAUUAAUAAUGAUCUAGUGUUUGUGGUGAAGUAUAUUAUUUUUAAUAGCAGAAAUUUCUGUACUCAGUGUAAUCUGUAGUCAGUAAUGUCAGUUCGUAUUGUUUCCGAGACGUUUUAUAUAAACAGUCAUUCCAAGCUUUUGUCAACUGAACUAUUGGUAUUUCUCACUUAUGCAGUUAUGGCAUUUCAUUGAUAAACUGUAAAAUAUUAUAUUUAACUAGACACAAUACUAAAGUAAAAUGUGGUGCCCGCCUACAAAUAAAACUUUCGGCGUUUCCGCCUACAUGCACAAGUAAAGUUAUAUUUAGCACGCUACACAUUCUCCUGUCGGCCGCCAGUUGGUCUGUAUAUUGGGAUCAAAACUGCGUUUUAAAGCCUUCAAAAUAAAAUAUUUUGAGCUCAAAAUACUAUCAAAAUGAGGAGAAAAGUGAGACGAAUGCGCUGGCAUACGGCCAAAAACGAGAAAACCAACAAUUCCGAAGUUAUGAAGGAUCAAACGGACUGCAUUUUUAAUUAGUUUAAUAAUUUUGAGCGAUUUGUGAACGAUACAAUUUCGCUUGUCUUUCAAAGGCAAUAAAUCGCUAGAAUGCUGUUGUUUAGUAAUACAUUUGACAUCUGUGAGUAUAAUUUCUUACGCUGAUUCGAACAGUAGUAUUUUUGUCCUUGUUUGACGCAUAAAACCCAGAGAUAAAGCUUAGCAAGUAGACAAACUCACAAACAAAGUCACAGGCAGAAUAUAAUGCGGUGCCAAAAAUGGCACGGGCACCGCAAAGUGAGAAAUAUUUAGAUGUCGGCCAUAGUUUAGCCCGCGUGCAGGCCCAAGGGAACUGAUAGUGGGCCUGCAAGCAAGGCCCGGUAUUUUGUAAAACGCCCCUUUUCAUAACACGCCCCAUUCGCGCGUCAAUUGUCAAAAAAGAACCAAUGACAGCACCCAAAUAUUAACAAACAAACUCGCAUUAAAAUGUUGCGGGGUUUUCUCUGCUUAUUCAGAACAUAAACAAUGUGUAAAUGGCAGCGUUUUAACUCCAAAAAAGCAAGCAACGCAGUCAGUAAUUGCCAAAUUUGCAAGUGCUCAUUUUCAACUAAAAUCGGAACAGGCAAAUUAGGACGAAUUUCAACAGAAAACCAGUCUCAAACUUCAAAUCGUGAGGGAAGUCGUGCGACCACAUUAGCAUUUAUAUUAUGUGUGCUUCGCUGUCGCCAUUGGCAUUGUUAUAAAUAAAUUGCCUCACUUAUCAGAUCGUGUGUGCAAUUCUUGUUGGCGGCGGAAAGUACGAAAUUUAUUUCAGUUAUUUCAUUUGGUAAAGAACUCUACAAAAGAAGAGAGCGUUCAGAGUCCAGAUCGUUUCGUUUCAAACGGCAAUUUAAUACCGUCUUCUGUUUCGCUCUCUCAGCGAAGCCUUGUAAAUCGCAAAGUGUUUCGAAUAGGCUUACAUGCAACUGCAUCUCAACAUCAACCAAAAGAUAAUUUUCUUGAGGAACAUAUAACGUAUCAAGUCUGUUUGAAAUUAAUGAAACUCAAGUAAAGGUUACUAUAGUUUACCCCAUUGUAUUAAAUGUUGCUAUUCCAACACCUCCCGACAAGCAAUCCCCAUUGGCAUAACGACCAAAACAUCUCUUCCUUCAAGUAAACAAUAAACAGUCUGUUCUUGUUCAAUUUAUAAUCGAAAAAAGUGAUCAAUUUUCGAAUUUUGAGCUUAUCGAGAGCCUUUGUGAUGAAUCACUGACCUAAUUAUGGAAUCACUGACCUAAUUACAGAAUCCAACAGCAAACAGCCAAUCAGAAUGCCGCGUUCGUGGGCGAACGCGGAAAGUACAAAAUACCGGGCCUUGCUUGCAGGCCCACUAUCAGUUCCCUUGGGCCUGCACGCGGGCUAGCCAUAGUUCUGUUUGCAUAGUAUUACUGUAAAGUCAUUAGACAGCAACUUCUGGAGCACGUGGCCAGCACGCAGUCGACUUGAACUCGUCCUGUCAGGUGACAACAAUUUCUUGCAAGCUGUUCAUUUUUGUUUCAUUUCGAUUUUCGAAGGCGGUUUAUUUUGUUUUGUAUUAAAUAUACAACGAAAAAUGGGUAGAAAAUUGAAUUACAAGCAAAGAAAAAAGAUCUGGACUAAAGCCACCUUUCAAGGGAUUAAGCCGUGGAAAAUCAUCCAUGCGAAAACAACAACAUUUACUGUCGUGGCUUGUAAUAUAUAAAAACAAACGCCAAACAACUUCCUUAUAGAUGCAUCAAUCCUAUCAGUUCAUACAUUAAUCAUUAUGCGAAUCAACAUAUUAAAAUCUUAAUUAUCAUUUGUCAUAUCAACUUUGCACUAUCCUUGGGAUCUCUGAGUUUCAUCUCGCUGAAAGCUAUCCGGUACAAUGUAAACGAGGGCCUUCGCUCGAAUCGUCGAAAUUUUUUCUAUAUUUCAGGUAGUUUAUCAGAAGCCCGCAAAAACAUACAGUAAUUAUUACUUUUUUCAAAUUGUUUUUGUUUUUGAGAACCUUCGAGUUCUAGCUCUUCUUAAUUUUAAAAAGGCCUUAAAUACCUCUAAAGUUCCCUGUUAUAAUCGUUUGCUAUAAAAUGUACUGACCUUUGGUUGACGUUAAUUAGCAUUUCCCACUCUCCUCUGCAGAGCCGUAUAUAUAGUUAAACACGAAGGAUAGCUAUUAAACAAUUAUUGAAUGAGGGCGAGUUAGCCUACGGUGUAGACCCAGAGAUUUGCCAGGCUUUCGAUCCGUAAGCCUGCAUGGGUAUAGACUUCACACGUCGUAUUUAAUUCAGACGAAUUUAAAUAUAUGAAUGCUAGAAAAUGUUAAAUAUACAAUAUAAAGCGUCUUGGACGAAUUUAAUUGACCCGACGAAUUUAAUUUGACGAUAGUGCAACAUAUGAAACAGGUCUUAUACCAGGCUUAUCGAAAUGCAAAUCUACGAGGAGCUAAACUAAGUAACGAAUUGCUUUGUUUUAUCGUGACAGCAUGGUUUACUUGCGUCAGGAGGCGGCACUGCUGACAGAUGUAUACGGUUUUGGAAUACGUUAGCUGCUCAACCUCUUCAAUCUGUCGAUACUGGCUCCCAGGUUUGUUGAGAAUUAUUGAUUUUGGGUACAUGUAUUGUUACACUUAUGAAAGACAUUAUGAAAGUUGCCGUUAAAGGCAGGUUACGUUUCGCUAUUUUCUUUCUUUUCCAUUCAUCGUUAUAAUAUUUAAAGAGAAUCACAUAAACCACAUCCAUGGUCGACUAUAGCGUGAGGGUUAAGGCUUUAGGGGGCUGAUAUCCUUUACUACUUGAUCUACAAGAGAGCUUCAUUUUAUUUGUACUUUGACCUUUUUGCAGGUGUGUAAUCUGGCGUGGUCAAAACAUUCAAACGAACUAGUAAGUAGACAUUUUACAAACAUGCAAAAUUCAUUAAUUAACUUCUGAUUUCUUUAAAUCAGCCUGUUCAACAAAAAUGCUUCAACCGUGGAAGUUUGCAUGUGGUUAAUCACACAAUUAUGUUUUGAUCAUUUGUAAACUUUAGGUCAGCACUCAUGGCUAUUCACAGAACCAAAUACUUGUGUGGAAAUAUCCUUCACUGACACAAGUGGCGAAACUAACAGGACAUUCAUACAGAGUUCUCUAUCUCGUAAGUAUGAAGAUGAACUCCUUUGUUAAGUGGAUAGUACUCACGAGCUUGGAACGAUAUAAAUACUUUAAAAAAUAUGAGAAGUUAGAGGACCUUCGAUUGAAACGACGAUUUCAUGAAAGCACUUUUCAUAUUUUUUCAGGUAAUUAGAUCUUUCAAGCAGAUGUUGUUCAUCGCCAUUAGAACCAACACUCGUGAUAUUCCGUGGCAAAGCUUUUGGUCCCUCUAUAGAUGAAUAGUAAUUAAUAAUUUAUCCUGCAGGACCGUUGAGAGGGGCACAGAAGGAAAUUUUUCCCGGGGGACCCAACCUGAUAGCGGUCCAGAAUUUAAAAGCGUUCCAAAAUGGAACAGUGACGCUUCCCAAGUACGAGCCCUUCAUCAAGUUAUAAUUAAUUUGUAAAGCUCUUUGGGUACCCCUUUCAUACUCGUACCUACGUAGAGGGGCGAGUUCUGCGCUGUUUGUUGCAUGCCCAGUGCGCCACAACGAGAGUUGAAACUCCAUAAUUGACAAAGCUUUUCUGGUUUGUUUAGGCGGUAUCUCCUGAUGGUGAGGCUAUUGUAACAGGAGCAGGAGACGAAACUCUCCGUUUCUGGAAUGUAUUUAGUAAAGCGAGAUCACAAAAGGCAAGAGAGAUUUUGAAAUUAAUUUUGCAGUUGGUUUGGCGCAAAUUACACUUCUAGAGGUGUAUGUGAUUAUGUGAAUAAUUAACCCUUUCUGAACCAGUGUCAUGUUAUACUCAUGUAUAUCUGCAUGGCAUCCAAAAAGUGAAGCCAAAGAUGGCGGAAAUUGACGUCCGGUGCGUCCCUUUCUAUAUUGCUUUUUAUCUGCGCUGUUAAUACAAGGCUGAAUGAAUGUGCCAAAAUUUCGUAUUUUGACUUCGAUUUAAGGAAUAAUAUUAUAGUUUUAUGGACUGAUAACUUGAUCAGCGAUACGGUACGUUAGGAAAAAAAACUGGAAUAAUAUUAGCCUGGGAAAAUGGUAUGAAAUAGACUUUUCAUGUCAUUUUCUGCCAUCUUGGGUCUUGCCCUUGGCUUUAUUUUUCUCGUAGUCAAAAGGCUGAAGGUCUUACUCCAAGUAUAUACAGCUAACUCAAUUAAGGUUGUCCUUCCAAAAACUUAAACGUUAAACUCUGAGCGCGCUAGGGAUGAUGGGUUAUUGCUUAUUUGGUCAAUUUCACAUGAGACAUUGAAAAUGGUAAAAUUGCAAAAUGCAACAUUAUGUGGUGCUAACCACACGUUUCCAUAGUUAACACAUUGGAUUAUCAUAAAUCAAAACGAUUUUUGAAUUUUGGCCCAUGCCCACUCUGCGGCAAACCGUCGAAUCUGCACAUGUUUGUUGCUAUUGUUCUGUGGAUAAAGUGUGUUUAUUUAAAAUAAUUAUAACUCAGUCACUUUAACUUUGAAAUAAGUUAUAUUUCUUAACAAACACAGUCUAAGGUUCACAUAUCAUGAUGACAAUGUUAGAUCAGACAAUAUCCAGUGUUGCUGUGAUUUAUGGUGCAUCGAAGUUUGGGUAAGAGAAAUGUAAUGUCCGCAACAAAAAAACAAUUCAAUUUAUUUUUCAGCCAAACGUCUAGCUCUUUUGACAUUAUAUUUGUGCUGCUUUUUUAAAAUGGUAUUAACAUUAUUUUAGACUGGAAAAUGACAAUAAAAAGUAUUAACAUGUCUUGAAUAAUGUGUUGCGGACAUUACGUUGCAGACAUUACAUUUUUGAAAUUGGAGAAUUAGAUGCUUAUAUAAUUGUCUUGCUUGAAUUCUAUAGUUAUUUUAAGCUUGAUGACUUAAAAAUAGAACAUUAAAAGGACUAUGGGACCCUUACUUUUAAAUAUAAUCACUCCGUGCUGUAUACACAAUCACAGUGACACAAUUCAUCAUGGAAAGUUUCCAAGUUACAUAUAAUGCCACUAACGUAUACUGCCAUUGUACCAUCAGUUUUGUAAGGCAAUUAUGUUGUUAAGAGCAAAAUCAUGUUUUAAUUCAUGUUUGUUUUAAUUCAUGUUUGUUUUGAUCAUCUUCCACUAAAACCCAGGGGUGUUAAUUAUCCCCACCAAAUGUAGUAAAUGCAAAACUGUCAAAUAGAAUGGUCUACAAACAUGACACUUUAUUUGCUGCACAACCCGAGUCAUUGCCUGAGUCUAUGCGCAACAAAUAUUGCACUUUUGAAAGAUAUUAUUGUCAACAGAAGAUUAUAUAUGUAAUAUGUGUGACCAUGAUUUCAUCCCAGGAUUUAUGGUGGUAUACACAUGCAUGGGCAUACAGGAAGGAAAAAAUUAGGGGGAGGAAAGAAAUUUGCCUGACUUUUUUGGAUUGUGCCCGCGUUGUUAAAAAAAUUUCCGGAGAAACUUUCCAAAAUUGUUGUCAACGGGGGGGGGGGGGGGGUGAUUACGAAGAAUUCCUAUUAGAUAGAUAGCAUAUUUCCCACAAAAUUGACAGAAUUCCCCACAAAAUUGACAGAAUUUGUCCCAUUUAUUUUUAUAAUAAGCCAAUAUUGCCCAAGUGUGAAGCGAAUAUUGCCCGACUGGCUUUGUUUGCUCCCUGCCGCCCCCCCCCCGCCCGGUACGCCCAUGGGUAUACAAAUGUAAAUAGAAUUAAGCUAGAAUGCCUGUUAUGUGGACUAGAAACAUUGAAGUGCAUAAUCAGUCACCCAGUUUUGAUUUCCUAUCAUUUUUAAUACAGAUUGCUAUACAAUCCCAAAAAUGUAAUGUCCGCAACAGUUUCAGUGUAAUGUCCGCAACACAAACUUUGCACUAUAAAGGCUGCGCAAGGGCAUUGUAGAACAUCUCGUUUUCAUAUUUUUUAACCCCAAUUAUCACUGAGAGCAGGAAGUGUUUUAGUUCCUUUGAUACCUUUCAAAGUUCACAGGAAAUUACAUUUUAAAAACAUCACUUCAAUGUGUGGUUGAUUUUGCUGUAAUGUCCGCAACAGUACUUUGACUUUUUAUUGCAAGAAUUGAUUACGAGGGAAUUUUGUUUUAUUUCAUGAAAUCUUAAGAGGUCCCCUUAAGGUUUUCUAUGACAAAGUUCCCAGAUCUGAAACUGUUGCAAACAGGAAACAUGAGCAUGUUUUGUAUUAAUUGUUUUUCUGUGAAUGUAAUGUCCGCAACGUGAAAUUGCCCAUUUAUAGACUCGUAAACAUUGAAAUUUGGCUUUGCAAGAAUGCCUAAGACAUAUAGAAGACUCACGACAGAAAACAUACUUGCUGCAAAGGCAAUGUUCUGAGUUUAAGGGCCUAAUAAGUGGAAACCCAUCAUCCCUUGCGCGCUCAGAGUUUAAGGUUUUGGGUUUAGGAAGGAUAACCUGAAUUGAAUCAGCUGUAUAAUAUAAGGCUCGUUGACCUGGUCUCUGUAGCUCAGUUGUCAGAGAAUUGCAUUGGAAUCGAAGGUUCGACUCCUUUUGGAGGUCCUAUUGCCAUUUGCGUUUUAUUCGCAACUACUUACGGUUAGGUUUCAAAUAUAUAUAUCAGUUUUGUCUCAAAAUUUCCAUCAACAAAACUUUCAACAAUUCCAGUGCAAGGCCCCUUACAUGCAAUCGUGCCAAUAGAACGUUCCGAAAAAUGUUGACCAGUUCAUUUCCUAACUUCGAGGAGUUCCUCUGAACAAUUCCUCAACAAUUUGAUAAGUUCCUUAAAAAGUUCCUAACUUCCUGUUUCAUUGACCAAUCAGAUUGUUCAAAAAUAAAAUAUAAAAUUUGAUUGGUCAAUGAAACAGGAAGUUAGGAACUUUUUAAGGAACUUACCAAAUUGUUGAGGAAUUGUUCAGAGGAACUCCUCGAAGUUAGGAAAUGAACUGGUCAACAUUUUUCGGAACCUUCUAUUGGCACGACUGUAAUUUUCUCUCAAAAUUUACAUAAAGGCAUCCAGGUGAUCUCGUGUUCGUAUUUUAGCCAAUCAGCGCUCAAAAAGGGUUGUCCGAAUAGAAAUUCAUUUUGAUGUAUUCAGUCAAUUAUAUCUUUCGUUAUUCUUUAUGAAACUAGUUGAAAUUUUGUAAUUAUGUUUGGUUAUGAGAACUAUAGCUCUGACAAAAAUAUGGAAUCGAAAUAAAGUAUAUUACAGGAGAUAUUCAGUUGUUUUAAUCACGAAAUGGAUUUCUAUUUGACAACUAGUGCCAGUACUUUUCCGCGUAUCAAGAUCAUCUGGAUGUUAUUGAAGAUUCUCUGUAAAAAGGUCUACACUUUUUAAUCAUAAUCAAUCAAUGGAAGAAAUGGUUUGCAUAAUCAGCAAACAAUGAUUUUUGACAUAAUCAAGCAAUCAUGCAAUGGCAUCGUCAUGUCGAAUCACUCAACCGUCGUGUUGUUCAGAAAUGAUUAUAUUACAAUAAGCAAGGUUUUACUCGUUGAUGUCGUCUCAACAUACAAUCGUAGUUCAUUGUUAAAACUUUGCCAAGUUUCUAGUCUCUAUAUUACUAUGUUUUAAUUCAGUCGGUCAGUGUAGGUGAAUUUUAAAAUGCAAUGAAUACCUUAUUAUAGGAAAUUAACGAUGCACUUUAUCAACGCGACAUAAAUUAACGUGUCAUCUAAUUAACGCGAAUUGCUUUCAGGUACUUCUAAAACUGAUUAAAUUAACGCGAAUCUGACAGUUUAUGGUUAACGAGUUAAUUUAACUAACGCGAGUCGAAGAAUAUAUACACAACAGCAAAAGUAAAAUAUUGUGUACUACCAAUUAAAACAGUACGCGAGUAGAUAUGUCAAAACUGUAACGUUGAAAGUUACAGUCAUUUAAGCCAAUGUAUAUUAUACAAAUAAUGAAUGUUUAUGAGUGCAAUGGUAAGAAUAUUUUCAUGAGGUGAAAGAUGGAAUGUUCCAUUCAACGAGGCGACAGCCGAGUUGAAUGGAACAUUCCAUCUUUCACCGAAUGAAAAUAUUCUUACCAUUGCACGAAGAAACAUUCAUUAUUUGUUUUAUAUAAUACCAAAAGUCCAGAACAGGCUAAUAGAUUCGUAUGAGAAGCAUUUUGAGGGAUGCGAUUUAUCGAAAACACAACGAGUGCAAUUGUACUAUACGUUUUAUUCCAUUGCACUCGCGGAGAGUUGCGAAAUGGAAUUUUCUAUUCAAUAUCACGUGACCAUAAACAGCCAAUUAAACGAUUAGAAUUUAAUAAGGUAUUAUAUAAAAAUAUAUAGUUCAGCUUAAGAUUCUGACAGUGACAGUGAAGAGGUGGACUGAUGUUUUUGUUUUGAGGUUUAAUAUGAAGUAUUUUGAGUUAAAAGAGUUCGUGUUAUAUAAAACAAAUCAAGGUCUUUUUAAUUAACGAUAACUUAAAUUUGCAUGCUUGAAAUUAACGAUAAUAUAAAUUAACAUUAAUUAAAUUAACGCGGAUUUUUAAAAUCCGCGAUAAUGAAGUGCAUCGUUAAUUUCCUGUAAUAAGGUAUAUACUCAGUAUACGGUUCGGUGUCUAAAUACUUAUCCCGUUUUCUUUGUGUUUGUAGGAAUGUAAGUCGGAAUUGAACUUGUUCACGAAGAUCAGAUGAUUGCGUAUAUGCAAGUGUAAGGUUGUGUGUAAAUAUGACACUCAUGGUAUAUUAAUAUUAGAUAUAGGAUAUUGUAGAUGAGGUAUACAUACUGUAUUUGUAAUCAUUGGGUGAGAAGAUGGUGUGAAUAAAAUAAAGAUGUGAUGCGUGGUGUA